CCGGCUGGAUAAGGGCUCAGAGUUGCACUGAGUGUGGCUGGAGCAGCGAGGCGCGAGUGGAGCGCGCGGACUCAGGGAGACGGGCAGAGCAGUCGGGCGGGCAGCACAGCCCCAGCUGCAAACCUCGUCUUCUCCUCCGCUUGCUCACCAACUGCCCAGAGCUAGCGCCUGUGCUCCUGGGCUGGUGUUUGGGGGAGCGUCCGAAGAGCCCCUUCUCCAGCCGCCCCCCGGAGGAGCGCCCCGCUUGCCCGGGAGCCGCUGACAGCGCGGAGAGCGGCGACUGUCGCCCGAAUAAGUCCGGCGAGCCGCUGCGGCGGCAAAGAACUUUCCUCGCCUGGAGGACGGGGGACAAGUGGCCCCUGGGUCCCGGAGCGAACUUUUGCGAAGCUUUUCUCCGCCCGAAGCUGCCGAGGUGGCCGUAAAGAAAAGCGGGCCGCUGAGAGAGGCGCGCGAGGAGGGACGAGCGCUCAGCUCCGUUCACACGGGUCGCUGAACUUGGGGGAGCGCGAGCCGCAGCCGCCGGGCGCCCCCUCCCUCUCGCAGCGGAGGAGGGGACAGUCGUCGGAGUCCGGGCGGCGGAGACUCGCCGCCGGCCGACCCGCCGUGGGGUUCGCGCUGAGCGCCGCCUCCGGGAGACCCGCUGUCGCCGGGACGCGCGUUCGUUCGCGGGCUCCGAGAAGCCGCUGCGCGGAGGUGCGCCCUGGGAGUGACCGCGACUUUUCAAAGCCGGCGGCGCGCGGGAGCGGACAAGUAAGAGUGCGGGCGGCGUCUUAACCCUGCGUUCCCCGGCGCGAACCGGCGAGGAGGGCGCAGAGGGGAGGACCGCCGGCGGGUGCGCGCGCUCCUAGAGAAACUUUUCUUGCCAAAGGCCCCGGGAGGCGCGGGUGUCCCCCGCUUGCCAGCGCGCUGUUGCGGCCCCGAAACUUCAGCGCGCAGCCCAAACUAAUCCCACUGGAAGUGACGGACUGUUCUAUGACUGCAAAGAUGGAAACGACCUUCUACGACGAUGCCCUCAACGCCUCGUUCCUCCAGUCCGAGAGCGGCGCCUACGGCUACAGUAACCCCAAGAUCCUGAAACAGAGCAUGACCCUGAACCUGGGCGAUCCGGUGGGCAGCCUGAAGCCUCACCUCCGGGCCAAGAACUCUGACCUCCUCACCUCGCCCGACGUGGGGCUGCUCAAACUGGCCUCGCCCGAGCUGGAGCGCCUGAUAAUCCAGUCCAGCAACGGGCACAUCACCACCACGCCGACCCCCACCCAGUUCCUGUGCCCCAAGAACGUGACGGACGAGCAGGAGGGCUUCGCGGAGGGCUUCGUGCGCGCCCUGGCCGAACUGCACAGCCAGAACACGCUGCCCAGCGUCACGUCGGCGGCGCAGCCGGUCGGCGGGGCGGGCCUGGUGGCUCCAGCGGUGGCUUCGGUGGCGGGCGGCAGCGGCAGCGGCCAGCAGCAGCAGCCGCCGCAGCCGCCGCACCACCUGCCCCAGCAGAUCCCCGUGCAGCACCCGCGGCUGCAGGCUCUGAAGGAGGAGCCGCAGACGGUCCCUGAAAUGCCGGGGGAAACACCGCCCCUGUCCCCCAUCGACAUGGAGUCCCAGGAGCGGAUCAAGGCGGAGAGGAAGCGCAUGAGGAACCGCAUUGCUGCCUCCAAGUGCCGGAAAAGGAAGCUGGAGAGAAUCGCCCGGCUGGAGGAAAAAGUGAAAACCUUGAAAGCGCAGAACUCGGAGCUGGCGUCUACAGCCAACAUGCUCAGGGAACAGGUGGCACAGCUUAAACAGAAAGUCAUGAACCACGUUAAUAGCGGGUGCCAACUCAUGCUAACGCAGCAGUUGCAAACGUUUUGAGGAGAGACUGUCGGGGGCUGAGGGGCAACGGAGAAAAAAAAAAUAACAGAGACAGACUUGAGAACUUGACAAGGUGCGAGAGAGAAAGAGAGAGAGUAAAGAAGUGUCCGAAGACUAAAGCCAAGGGUAUCCAGUUGGACUGGGUUGCGUCCUGACGGCGCCCCCAGUGUGCACGAGUGGGAAGGACUUGGCGCGCCCUCGCUUGGCGCGAAGCCAGGGAGCGGCCGCCUGCGGGCUGCCCCGCUUUGCGGACUGGCUGUCCCAGCGCAAACAGGACGUUAGACUUUUCUUUAACAUUGACCAAGAACUGCAUGGACCUAACAUUCGAUCUCAUUCAGUAUUAAAAGGGG